AUGAUCGGUGUAUUUCUUUCGUUGUUGCUCGUCAAUGGGGUCUUCUCUUUCUCUUGUAAGGAUCAACACAAUCAGAAUGUGGACUGGUUCAUCGCAUACAAAAUGCCUAUGGAAGAAGACGACUCGAUCCCAGGAAUAGGAAAGGGCGUAGGAUGGUACUAUUUGGAUGCUAAUCAUGACGAAGCUCUAAACGCUUCCUACAGUACUCUCGAUGAUAAAAAUCAGGUAAAUUUAUUCCAUAAAGAAUUCUUCUGA